AUGUAUUUCACAAACAUCUUUCUCUUCGGGCUGGUCGCAACCGCGACUGCCCUGCCCCAAAAGAGAGGAGGGAGGAGAAAGUGUUCAAGCGUCUUUCCCUCGACGACUGGAACCUCCGAUCGCGUUUCGACAACCCCGAUUCUCAGCAGCUCGUCCUCGAUCGUCGUCACUCCAACCUCAAGCGAUCCUUUUUCAACCCCAAUCGUCUCGACUCCAGUCUCCAGCAGCGCUACUCCUAGCACCUCCAGCGAGGUAGCCUCGACUCCGGUCAGCUCCGAAUCCUCUGCUACUACCCCUGGCACGACCCCUCCAGCCAGCACAACCCCGGAGAGCUCGACCGUUGCCAGCUCGACUCCAGGCAGCUCUACUGAAUCCAGCACCCCCAUUGCGAGCUCAACCGAUUCCAGCUCUACAGUUCCCAGCUCAACACCCAGCAGCACGAGCGAAUCCAGCACCCCAGUUGAGAGCUCAACAGUUCCUAGCUCAACUCCCAGCAGCACAAGCGAAUCUAGUACCCCAGUUGCGAGCUCAACCGUUUCCAGCUCUACAAUCGCCAGCACAACUUCCAUCGCCAGCACAACUGCGGCCAGUACAACUGUGGCCAGCACAACUGCAGCCAGCACGGGUCCUGCUCGGCCCCGACCAACAGCUGCCGGAGAUAUUCCAGCUGGCGUGGAAUACCACUCAUGCACAUUCCCUGGCCAGGUUGGUCUUGCGUUCGCCCAAGGUCCUUACGCCUACACAGCCGAAGCUCUCGAUCUCCUCGACGCAUCUGGCUUCAAAGCAACCUUCUUCCUCAAUGGAAACAACUGGGGCUCCAUCUACGACUAUUCAAGCGUCGUCCAACGAAUGUAUACUUCAGGUCACCAAAUUGGCUCCAACACCUGGAACAAUGCCGAUCUCUCCACUCUGGACAAAACCGGGAUCGAGAAUGAACUAUACCAGCUUGAAGAUGCCUUGCGCAGCAUCGUCGGCGUGUACCCUACGUAUCUUCUACCUCCCAACGGCAAUACGAACCAACUGGUCCGCGACACGGCCGCUAGCUUGGGCUAUAAAAUCAUCAAGCCCGACAUCAUCACCUAUGACGAAGAGCACCAAUCGGAUAUCCAAACGGCCAUCAGCAACUUCGACUCUGGUCUGGACGCUGGCGGUAGCAUCGCUUUGGUCCACGACGUCUACCAGGCAACCGUGGAAAGUAUGCUCCCGGCGAUGAUCCAAUCGAUCCAACAGAGGGGCCUUACCGCUGUCACGUUGGCCCAAUGCUUUGCCAGGCCUGCAUCUUACUCUUACUCCACAGCUCCUUAG